AUGUCUGGUGCUGCUAAGCACAAGUUCGUCAUCGACUACUCCCGUCCCGCUGGCGACGGUGUCUUCGACGGCGCGGCUUUUGAGAAGUUCUUGCACGACCGCAUCAAGGUCGAGGGCAAGACUGGUCAGCUCGGUGAAAACGUCAAGAUCCAUCGCGAUGGUGACAAGUCGAUUACUGUGACUUCGAGCAUUGCUCUUUCCAAGCGGUACCUUAAGUACCUCACCAAAAAGUUCCUCAAGAAAAACUCCCUGCGUGACUGGAUCCGCGUUGUUGCUUCGUCUAAGGAUGUCUACCAGCUCCGCUUCUACAACAUCCAGGCUGGUGAUGACGAGGAAGAGGAGUAA